UUCUCUGAGGAGACAACAGAGAUGGGGAGUGGAAUCAGUGCUGAGGACAAAGAACUUGCCAAGAGGUCCAAGGAGCUGGAAAAGAAGCUGCAGGAGGAUGCUGAUAAGGAAGCCAAGACCGUGAAGCUGCUAUUGCUUGGUGCUGGAGAGUCAGGAAAGAGCACCAUCGUCAAACAGAUGAAGAUCAUUCACCAGGAUGGAUACUCACCAGAAGAAUGCCUAGAGUUCAAAUCUGUCAUCUAUGGGAACGUGUUGCAGUCCAUCCUGGCUAUCAUCAGAGCCAUGUCCACACUAGGCAUUGACUAUGCUGAAGCAAGUUGUGCGGAUUCGGGUCGACAGCUCAACAACCUGGCCGACUCCACUGAGGAGGGGACCAUGCCUCCUGAGCUGGUGGAGGUCAUCAGGAAGUUGUGGAAGGACAGUGGAGUUCAAGCCUGCUUUGACAGAGCUGCAGAGUUCCAGCUCAAUGACUCAGCGUCUUACUACCUGAACCAGCUGGACCGGAUUACAGACCCUGACUACCUCCCCAAUGAGCAGGAUGUGCUUCGAUCCAGAGUCAAAACCACAGGCAUCAUCGAAACCAAGUUUUCUGUGAAAGAUUUGAAUUUCAGGAUGUUUGACGUGGGAGGGCAGAGAUCAGAGAGGAAGAAAUGGAUCCACUGCUUUGAGGGAGUCACCUGCAUUAUUUUCUGUGCCGCUCUCAGCGCCUAUGACAUGGUGCUGGUGGAGGAUGAUGAAGUGAAUCGCAUGCAUGAGUCUCUGCACCUGUUCAACAGCAUCUGUAACCACAAGUUCUUUGCGGCCACUUCCAUCGUUCUCUUCCUCAACAAGAAGGACCUCUUUGAGGAGAAAAUUAAGAAAGUCCACCUCAGUAUUUGUUUUCCGGAGUAUGAUGGGAACAACUCCUAUGAGGAUGCUGGGAAUUAUAUCAAGAGCCAGUUCCUUGACCUCAACAUGAAAAAAGAUGUCAAAGAAAUCUACAGUCACAUGACCUGUGCUACAGACACACAGAAUGUCAAAUUUGUGUUUGAUGCAGUUACAGACAUUAUCAUCAAAGAAAACCUCAAGGACUGUGGGCUGUUUUAAUGCUCAGUUCCUCAGAUGUACAUUCUACAAGCAGGCUUAGAAACUGAGAGGCUGUUUACAGAAAACUAAUCAACAAGAACCAGCACAUGACGAAUAAGCCCAUUUUGUUGGAGACACAGAAGGCAUGCUUACAACUGUUUUCAAGUAGUGUGGCUAGUACAGUUUAAAGAAUGUGUGGCCAAGAAUCGUAAGACCCAGGCUCCAGUACUGGUUCUGCUUAGCACAGUAGAAAUUUUUCUGUAGCAAAAUUCCCUCGCCUAUAUAAUGAAGGUCACUUCCUUACCUACUUCGCAGGGCCAUUCUCAAGAGCACAAAUCUAACUGAAGGGAAAGCACAUGGAAGCUGCUGUGGUUGGCGGCAACCGAUGUACUAUCACACUUGGUUAUUAGAAUAAACUAUCUCAAAGUGUAUCAGCAAAACUUCCUUACAUUGAUCGAUAAACU